AUGGGGUUGAUGUAUGUCUUCAAUUUGAUAGUAGGUACUGGUGCUCUUGCGAUGCCAGCUCCUAUAGCAGAAGCUGGUUGGCUCCUAAGUUUGAUCAUUUUAGUAAUUUUAGCAUUUAUGAGCUUUGUGACUGUUACUUUUGUUACGGAAUCCAUGGCAGCUGCAAAUGCUUUAGUUCACAGUCGCACAGUCCGUCAUUUGAAGAAGGUGAUGAAAACAGAUGAAGAAGUGAAUGAAGAUAGUAGCCAGCAGCUAGUAGAACAAUUUCUAACUGAUGAAGUAAUAUCUAAUUCUUUGGAAAAUGAAAAAGUACCUUUACUGCUGAACUCUGUUGAUACCAUAUCUGAAACCUCAGCUGAAUAUUUUAACAUAACAGAAAGAAUAGAAAUGGGCAAGAUGGCUUUUUUAUUUUUUAAUAAAUAUGGUGUAAAUAUUUUUUACAUUUGCAUAGCUGUAUAUUUAUAUGGAGAUCUUGCUAUAUAUGCUGCUGCAGUUUCAAAAUCAAUUCGUGAUGUAUCCUGCACCUAUGUUCCUGAAGAUGCCAUCUGUAAUGCUACCUUAAAUGGUACUAUUGCAUGCUGGGAUUCCCUUUCUGUUACUCGAGGUCAAGCAUAUUUUAUAUUUCUGACUGCCUUUUUAGCUUGCUUAGGUCCAUUCACUUUUUUUAAUGUUCAAAAGACAAAACACUUGCAAAUUUUUACAACAAUCAUGAGAUGGUUAGCUUUUUCUACCAUGAUUAUUAUUGCUGCUACAGCUCUCAUUCAAGGAAAAGGAAAAGGUCAUCCAAGUGUUGCAAGCAUCAAAGGAGUUCCAAAUUUAUUUGGAGUGUGUGUAUAUUCCUUUAUGUGUCAUCAUUCUUUGCCAUCACUCAUAACUCCAAUCAAAAACAAAUCCCGUCUUCUGCGAUUAUUUAUUGCAGAUUAUUUAUUAAUUCUUUUCUUUUAUUCAUUGCUUUCGUUUACUGGUAUAUUUACUUUUGAGAAACUCCAAGAUAUGUAUACUCUGAACUUUGAGCCUCAGAACUGCAAUGACACCCAUGCAGGGGAGAGCAUUAUCCCGCAGAACUUUUCUUUCAUUCGUUACUUUCUAGCUCUCUUCCCUGUUUUCACACUCAGUACAAAUUUCCCUAUAAUAGCUAUUACGUUACGAAAUAAUUUGAAAUCUCUAUUUUUAAAAGACAACAAAAACUAUGGUAUAUUUGUUGACAAACUGUUGUUUCCAAUUUUAGCUGUGAUACCACCUGUGGUGAUUGCUUUCAUAACAGAAGAUUUAACAAUUUUAGUUGGCAUAACAGGAUCUUAUGCUGGUGCUGCCAUACAAUAUGUUGUUCCAGCAUUGUUAGUUUACUAUUCUAGGCGUGAUGUACUGUCCACUCUAGGUUUAGGUGUAAAAAAUAAACAUGCUUCACCGUUUAGACACACAGCGUGGAUUAUUUUUGUUUUAUUUUGGGCGCUUAUGUGCAUCGUUUUCGUCACAGUAAACCAUAUCAUCCAAGGAAAGUAA